AUGUAAUUUAGAUCAAUUUCCGUCGAAAGUGUAACAAUGUAUCUAAAAAUAAACAAAACAUACAGAACACAAUACGAAAAAGUCCGUUUCCUCAGAUUCCCCAAAGCCAAUCACCCCGUCGACAAAGUUCUUUGGUUCUAUAGGUUCUAUACUGCGCUUGUCUAGUUUUUUUUUUAAUAUAUGAAAACUCAACUCAAUAUCUUCCACAGCAAAAGCAAAAAUUAUCUAAUCCACUCCGGCCUGAAAAUUUGAAUAGUGCACUGUACGUGAUGCGAAAGUAUCAGCAGUUAGCUCUAGUGUUAAUAUCUAUCAGCUGUGUAGCGAUUUUACUGGUGUACAAAAGCGAAAACAAUCGUCUCAAGUAUGUGUUAGAAGUGGUCAACAUUUUCGGACGCAAUGACGCUGCCUCGUUGAUACGGGUUGAUAACAGCAGUCGCUACCGGCCGGCACCUUACGAUUUGAACAGUCCUCUCCCGGUAUGGCAACGUGUGGGGGAUGACGUAUACGUAUAUUCUGCAUUCUGGCAAAAGAACGACUUGGAGAUAGGCGGAACGGUCGUAAGCUUGGCUGUCGGAUUGGAACAGUCGAUCGUAAACUUCAAGUGCCAGGUACAGCAUGGUGGCAAAGAUCUGGUCACGGGAAAGUUCUUUUUUGUUCGGCUGGAUAAUCCAACGGGUUCGGUGGUGGCUCCCAACGGUGAAGUGUUUGUGAUCUAUAAGUUUCUUUGUAAAGUAAAGAGAGACUUUGGUCAACCGACGGAAGUAAUUUUCACCGAUGCGACACAUUCGAUCAGGAGAUUUAUCCCACUUCGUGUAAUUGAAAGCAAAUCGGUUUCACAAAAAAUGACCAUCACUGCCUGCGUAGAUUUGAACAAUUACCUGGAGUUGGAAGAAGAAUUCCGCAAACCAUCCGCUGUGCUACAAUAUUUCCUGCAUCAUCAGAUUAUUGGCGUGGAUGAUUUCAUCGUAUAUAACAGCAAUAGUCUAGAUUCUACGACAACGGCGAUGUUGUACAAUCACGGAAUUAAAGUCAACCUACUGCCUUACAAUUUUCCCUUUGAUCUCGCGAGCAAACAGCAAAACCGGCUAAUCAUUGAACUUGACUGCCUAAUGCGAAACUACAACGCGGCCAAAUACACCUUUGUAGGGGGCAUAAACGAGUAUCUCUAUCCAAACUCGCGUCUUCGCAGUAACAAUCAGUUCCUUAAGUACGCCGGAAAGGUAUCGAGCGACGUUAAUCAAUUCUCAGUUGCCGUCAGAACGGUCUGCAUCGACAGCAGAAAGAAGAUAUUCUCCGACAAUCUGCUGUACGAUGUAGAGGCACGAAACGAUCGUACGUUCUUCGUAUAUCGACCACAAAACUACAACCGGACAGGAUCUCAGGAAUUUGCCAAAACACUCACUGUGGACGGUAAAAUUAUGUUUGUCCAUCGAUAUUUAGAAAAAUGCGUCAGUAAAUCGGAUUUGUACGACUGGACUACGAUUCUGGAUGCAGAAUUCCUUCAAUACGUAAUCGAUGUCGGAAAAGAAUUGAACAAGUUGAUAUUUCGAUGAACUCAAAUUAGAGUAUAAAUGAAUGCACAAAACACGUUCUUACAAGCAAAUUUCACCAAGAACGACGAUUGUAAUUAUCACUGCAUAGGCCUAUAGCAUGAAAACGGUAUUUUGUAGAUUAAUAUCCAUGUACGAAAAACAUGACAUAUUCGCUAUCUUUAGUAGAAACAGUUCUCACUAUUCUAAUCAACGAUUUGAAGCCGUAGUUUUAUACACUUUUGAUACGAACAUAAUACAAUUGCAAUCAAAUAUUUUGAAUUCAAUUUAAAAUAACAAGCAACAAUAACUCUGCAUUUCAACGACACAAUUCUCAAAUUCUAAAAUAAAUUUCA